AUGCUGCCGCAGCAGCAUGCGCAGAAGAACAUGAUUCUACAGCAGCAGCUGAAAUCUCUCUCUUCAUCUGUGAGGGCAACCAAGGUCUCGCAUCAUGAUAAGCAGCUGUUUCCCUGUUUAUUUCUAGGCUGUUCCAGGGGCGGGGAUAGGGGGUUUAGUGUUAUGAGUAACCUAAUUCAACAUCAGAAACUGGUCCACGGAAUGAAACACCCCCCCAGGUACAGACCCGGUAUAUCUUCACGCAAGGUCCCAUCACAUAAAAAUGAGCAUCCCCAUGCAAAAUCAGAGGGAGAGCAGGGUGGGAUCUGGAGUGUAAGCUUUGAGGGUUCUUCGAGCGACCAGAAGGGUUGUCCUAAACGCCUACCGAUGUCCAGCUCUAUAGAACAAGGUCUGCUGUCCCACCCUCUACGUUCCUCACGUGAGGGGCGUAACACUAAACGUCAAGACUGUAACGAGGAACUCGAACAGAAAUACAUAAAUAAAACUCCGGUUCAGAUCGGCGAGCCCGAAACAAUAUUGGAAACUACAUUAUUACAUGGGAUAGGGGCAAAACCUAUGUCCCCGCUUACCCCCGAAAUAACACCGUUUAAUAGCUCUGGCACCGGUUAUCUAGAUCCAGACCCCCCGAAGUCCUUUCGCUCUACAGAAGACAGCCCUGGACUCCAAACUUUUGAAAUCAUCGAGUCACUAUUAUCACCCGAGUCAGAGUUAAUGGCAUCUAUGGGGGCGUUCGAGGGCAGCAAGUGGUAG